CAACAUUUCGACACCAGGGGUUGUCUGUUUUUUCCCUUAGGUUUUGAGGAUAUAUUUACACAUAUAUCCUUAGUUUUCUGAUAUUGAAUGACAGUCGACUCUGAAAUAUUUAUGCCUAAAAGUAAAGCGCCAAAAAUGGAUGACCUGGACUACAUCCCAGUAGACCUGAGCCCAGAGGAGCGCUCUGAGCUGGAGGACAUCCGCAGGAGGAAGGGCGUCCUGCUGCAGGAGAUCCAGAGGCUCAGAGAGGAAUUAAGAGAGGCAAUUUUGGAGGUGGAGGGACUGGAGACAAGCACAGAGGGCAGUAAAACUCUCCAGAAAAGCAGGCAUGUGGCAAUGGGAAGGAAGAAAUUCAACAUGGACCCCAAAAAGGGCAUCGUGUUCCUGGUGGAGAACGAGCUGCUGAGACACACUUCAGAGGACAUCGCUCAGUUCCUCUACAAAGGAGAGGGCCUCAACAAGACCGCUAUAGGAGAUUACCUUGGAGAAAGGGACGACUUCAACAUCAAAGUGCUUCAGGCUUUCGUUGACCUCCAUGAGUUUACGGAUCUCAACCUUGUCCAGGCCCUCAGACAAUUCCUGUGGAGUUUCCGUUUGCCCGGUGAAGCCCAGAAGAUCGACAGAAUGAUGGAGGCGUUUGCUCAGAGAUACUGUCACUGCAACCCGGGUGUCUUCCAGAGCACCGACACAUGUUACGUUCUGUCGUUUGCCAUCAUUAUGCUGAACACGAGCCUCCACAACCCAAAUGUGAGGGACAAACCCGGAGUGGACCGUUUCAUCUCGAUGAACCGAGGCAUCAACGAGGGAGGAGACCUGCCCGAGGACCUGCUCAGAAAUCUCUACGACAGUAUUAAAAAUGAGCCCUUCAAGAUCCCCGAGGACGACGGGAACGACCUGACACACACCUUCUUCAACCCGGACAGAGAGGGCUGGCUUCUUAAACUUGGGGGACGAGUGAAAACCUGGAAACGACGAUGGUUCAUUCUCACAGAUAACUGCCUUUAUUACUUUGAAUACACCACAGAUAAGGAACCGAGAGGUAUCAUUCCCUUGGAAAACCUUAGCAUCCGUGAGGUGGAGGACCCCAGAAAACCUAACUGCUUUGAGCUGUACAUUCCCAACAACCGCGGUCAGCUGAUUAAGGCGUGUAAGACGGAGGCUGAUGGGAGAGUCGUGGAAGGAAACCACAUGGUGUACCGUAUCUCCGCCCCCACACCUGAGGAGAAGGACGAAUGGAUCCACAGCAUCAAAUCUGCUGUCAGUGUUGAUCCCUUCUACGAAAUGCUCGCUGCCAGGAAGAAACGUAUAUCACUGAAGAAGAAGGAGGAGCAGCCGUAGAGUAUUCCCUUCACUCUCUCCUUGUCUUCCUUUGUCCUUCUCAUCCCUCCUUCCGACACUGGACACAUGUUUUCAUUCCUGCUGCUCUCCACCUGUUCAUAAGGUCAUCAUUUCCCCUCUUUACCCCAAAAUGUAUCCUCUCCCUGUUAUGAGGACUCCUUGCUAUCCUGCCUACCAGACUCUUUAGAGCCACAUUCAGACUGUGGCAGCCUCUUGUUAUCUUACACUACUAUUAUUACUACUACUGCUGUUAAACACAACCUGACACACAACAGCCAGAGCACACCACCCGUCCCGUCUGCUCACCACUCUCCUCUCUCGUUGAGCAUUUAAGUGAACUGUGAAACGUGUCUUAGACCAUGUCCACACUAACGUUGGUGAUUUCAUUAACACAUUUUUCAUGUUUUGGGCUUUUCCACAUUUAACUAUGUUCUUAAAAUCACUCACAAAUUUGCAAACACUAGAAAAAGGCUGUUGGCUGUUUGCUGAAGCAGCUUGUGCAUGGUAAAUAGAAGAUAUUCAAUAUUUCUCUAUAUGUAUUGGAGUCUUUUAGGGUGAUUUCACACCUGUAGUUUGGUUCAUUUGUUCCGGACCAAGGGGAAGAAAGUUAUUUAAUUGUUGCAUUUUUGUUCUAGUCUGCGUCCAGUUUGCUGAUUUUUUUUUUUUUUUUUUUUACAACGUUUUGUCGUUUACAAACGAACCAAGAGGAACAUGAAGUGAUACAGACUGACUGUUAAUGCGUUGAUUUCACAGUUUUGGCAGUCGUCAUGGAGAUAUCUAACUCUGGAGUCUGAUAGAAGUAUAUGCAGCACUUUAAUGCUUCUGGUGUGUAUAUUUUUGUUAUUUGGUGUCACAAAGAGCUCAGAGCUCACAAAAAAUACUUCUUUUAAAAGCAUUAUCAGUAUUGUUCUACUACUGUUCUACUACAGUUUAACCACGUUAAUUAAUUAAUUAAUAAUGGCCGACAGGUGCUUUUUAACUCACUUAUUGCACUGACAGAGUUGGAUAUUAGCACCACAGUAUUAACAGAUAUUGAUCUUUAUAAUGAGUACCAAAUGAUUGCAUAAAUAGGUUAUACGGAUAAAUAUGCAUGUCUGAUUUACCAAUACCCCAAAAACACACUGGAGUUCAAUGACUGCUUCUUAAAAAAUAAUGGUGUGACAUUACUGUGGUUCAGGAAUAUUUAGGUUUAGGCAUAAUAAAAAACAUGUGGUUAGGUUUAGAGAAAAUACUGAUAUAUAAUACUGAGCGAUUGUCACAAAUUUCACAAUAUAUAUAUUGAUUUAUUUGUAGUUCAUCUUUUGAAAUAAUGCCAAAAAUCACAUACAGUCAUGGAAGAAAUUAUUAGACCACCCUUGUUUUCUCCUUGCUUUCUUGUUCAUUUAAUGCCUGGUACAACUAAAACUACAUUUGUUUGGA